ACUCGUCCCACAUUUGGAUUUGGCCCUACUGCCCAAUACGUAACUGGGUAGGAGCCUGCCCGGUACCCUAUCACAGGGGUAGCGCCUGCCAGGCACAAGGUGACUUGUGUUGGGGCCAUGUCCCCUCUCCUCCCCCUUUACUGUUGCCUACCUCCCCUUCCAGAUCUCUGGAGUCUGGAGCGGCCUCGCUUCUGUCUGCUGAGCAAAGAGAAGGGCGGGAGUUUUGGCUUCCACCUGAGGCAGGAGCUGGCCAAGGCUGUGCCUGUGGUGUGCAGGGUGGAGCCAGGCACCUCUGCCCAGCACCACGGUCUUCGGGAAGGGGACCGGGUCCUAGGGGUGAACGGCCACGUGGUGGAACAUGAAGACUAUGCCUCGGUGCUGCGCCGCAUCCGGGCCAGCGGUCCCCGCGUGUUGCUGACGGUUGUGGCGCAGCACGUGUACGACGCGGUUCAAGCUCGGCAGGGAAACAGUGCCCACCUGUCUCCUGAGCUCGGCUCCGGGGUCCGGCCCCGACUGUGUCACAUCGUGAAAGAUGAGGGCGGCUUUGGCUUCAGUGUCACCUUCAGUUAUCAGGGUCCUUUCUGGUUGGUGCUGAGUGCUGGAGGAGCGGCUGAGCGGGCGGGGGUGCCCCCUGGGGCCCGGCUGCUGGAGGUCAAUGGGGUCAGCGUGGACAAGUUGACUUACAACCAACUCAACAGGAAGGCUCUCCUCUCCCCCACCCUCAGUGCCUCCUUCCCGGGGCUUCCAGGACAGCCUGCCUCUGCCCUCUCUGCCCAGCUGGUUGAUGCCGACGCCCUGCUGGGUCCCCUGCAGCUUUGGCAGAGUGGAGAGCAAGUGACCCUGCUGGUGGCCGGGCCAGAGGUGGAGGAGCAGUGUCACCGGCUGGGAGUGCCCCUGGCUGCGCCCCUGGCGGAGGGCUGGGCACUGCCCACCAAGCCACGCCUUCUGCACCUACAGAAGGGGCCCCAGGGCUUUGGGUUCCUGCUUCGGGAAGAGAAAGGUCUUGAUGGCCAACCUGGACAGUUCCUGUGGGAGGUGGACCCAGGACUGCCAGCUGAGAAAGCAGGGAUGCAGGCUGGGGACCGGCUGGUGGCCGUGGCUGGGGAAAGCGUGGAGGGGCUGGGCCACGAGGAGACGGUGUCCAGGAUCCAGGCGCAGGGCUCCUCUGCCUCCCUCACUGUUGUCGACCCUGAGGCUGACCGCUUCUUCAGCAUGGUCCGCUUGUCCCCACUUCUCUUCUUGGAGAGCACAGAGGCUCCUGUGUCUCCCCAGGAAAACUGCUCGGCCUCUCUGGUUGAAACCAAGGACCUACCAGUUGAAGAUACAACCACGUCUCUUGCCCCGUGUGGCUCCCGCCAGUGCUUCCUGUACCCUGGGCCCGGGGGUGGCUAUGGCUUCCGACUCACCUGUGUGGCCAGGGAGCCUCGCCUCUUCAUCUCCCAGGUCACUGGAGGAGGCUCAGCUGCCCGGGCGGGGCUGCAGAUGGGAGAUGUGAUUCUGGAGGUGAAUGGGUGCCCCCUGGGUGGGGAGAAUGACGUGGAGAAGCUUCAGCAGCUGGUUGAGGCUGAGCCACCCCUCUGCCUGAAGCUGGCCGCCAGGGCUCCCCAGGGCUUCGAAGCUUCGACUCCCCCAGGGCUCGGAGAGGACUGGGCUCCGGCCUCUGAGCUCCUGUAGUCCGCCUCUGCCUGACACAGAGCCGUGUGUUCAGAGGCCUCCCUGACUUCAUCCUCCUGCUUGCGACAGUAGGGGCUGGGAGCUGUCUUUAAGCCAGAAGCUGCAGCCCUAGGAUUCUGGACACCCCCAAUCACAGGAUUGCCCAGGGUUUCCCUCCCUUCCCAGGGGCCUAACCUCCCAGAAGAGGGUGUGGCCAGAGGCCGCAGCAGGCCCACUAGGGGGCCUGGGAGCCUUGGGAGUUGUGUCCCAAGGAUGAAGUUCUGCCUGAAAAGAAGGAGUGGUGUGGUUUUGUGAUUUUUAAUAAAUUAUACCUUUUCCCAGCACAGAG